GUAAAAACGUAAUAUCGUGCUGUUUCACUUUCAAAAACUGAGUGUUUGUCAGUGCAAACCAUUGGUGCAAACAGGACGAAAAGUACUCAUUAUGUCAGCUACAAUAUACGGUAUUUUGUAAAGAAUGCCAUACAAAUUCGUGUUUGUUUGUUUGUUUGAUUGUUUCCCAAGUGCUCACUGUUGUUUGAUAAAUAUGUCUUUAAAAAACGAAGUUCUUUUAGUGUGGGUUAUCUGUUUGUCUUGCAAAGUAGUUUUGACCGGUUGUGAAGUGGUUUUGGUCAAUCGAGAUCAUCGAGACAGCUUUCAUGUUGGGAAAAAUGGUUGUACGUAUGAUUCAAGUAUUUGUACGAAUUCCCAUGCAACAUGUAUAAGACCUGGUGGGCUGUGUUUGUGCGGUAUUCGUAAACCUAAUUAUAGAAAUCCUCAUGGUACAAGACCUGGUGACGAUAAAGGUCGUGGCUGUCUAAGCAGUGAUAAUAUGCGCGGUGACCUAUUUGGUGAGUGUUAAUAAUUCAUUUCAACUUUAUAGGUAAACAUUUAGACUUGCUUCACAUGUAUAAGCUUCUAUAACAUAAAUAAUUUGAUUAUUAAAGUUUUCGCGUUAAGGCUUUUGUGCUAAAUGUAUCUGACAUUGAUGAACGAUAAUAUUUACAGACCGAUAUACGUGUUUAUUUUCAUGAAACACAUACGCCGUAUUUUAAAAGGAGGGUCCUGAAGGGGGGUCGUAUUCCCAUUUCCCAGCCCAAAUUUUGACUAAAUCCCAUUGUCCCAGAGCACAAAUCCCAUCAUCUCAGUGGCUGUCCUGCUCAAAUCUUAAUCCCAUUCCCAUUUUCUAUUGUUUUUUUCUGAUAAAUCCCAGUCCCAGUGCAUGAAAUCCCAUUUUCCCACCCAAAAAUAAGCAAAUCCCAGUUCCAAUUUUACCCAGUCAGGACUACACUCAAUGAGUGGAGGUUCAAUCUAAGCUUCUCUUGAGUGUCAAUGCCGUUUUUGAAUAGCUGGAGGGUGAGUAGUUACCGAAGUAAGGUAUUACACUAGCCCUCCAGCUAUUCAAAAACUGCAUUAACACUCAAGAGAAGCUCAGAUUGAACCUCCACUCAUUGAGUGUGAGUGAGCUUUUAGAAUACGGGCGAUAAUUACACGGUAAAAACUGGUAGGUUAAUUAAAAGAACCUAUAGUUUUGUAUAAAAGUUGCAAUCAAUGUUAUAGGUUGAUUUAACCAACUGAAGUCUAGGAUGAAACCAAUAUAAAUAGGUUAAAAUAACCUAUUAUUAUUUGGUCAAUUGUAAAUGAUUGGCUAUAACCAGUAGAAAUUGGCUGUAAAACCGAUUGAAUAGGUAUUUUGAACGAUUUUAUAGUCAUAACUAAUAAAAAUAGGUCCAUUUCACAAUCAUUUUGGUCAUGUAAAUUAAUUCGCUAUAUAGCGUUUGAAGUCGGUGGAUAUAAUCCAUUACUAUUUGGUCAACUGGAGUUAUUGGUUAUAAUAAUAAAUUGUGUUAUCCAUUAUUAUUAUAGUCGGAUAACAUUAUGGAGUUUAUUACAAGCUUACUUGUAUAUAAUAUUGGAAAUUGCAUUUUAGUAUCGAGAAAACAAUAUUGACCAUGCAUGCAAUAUUGAAAUAUUUUUGUGUUCAAGCAGUUGCCUCUGCACUAGCUAUAGCAUAGGCGUAUGAGGCAGCGAGAGGGGGCAGCUGACAGCUGCCCAUGCAACUUUAUAAGUUCCAAACUCUGAUCUUUGUUGCAUCAUGUCCGGAUGAUAUAUAAAGAUAAUAUAUGAAAGACACCUUGCAAAUCGUAUUUGGGCUAAUGGCCAGAAUGAACAGCACAAAUGAGUGACUUGUCAAUGUUGCAAACUUCCUUUAGUUCAUCCUGGUAAAAAAUCAAUGUGAUUUUAAAUAUUAUGUAAAUAUAGGAGGAUCCGACCACUGCGCAUUGGGACCUUUUCGACUUAUAUCCUACAACCAGAACGAAACAGCCAGGAAGUUCAGUGAUAUUGAUAAUCCGAAUUUAGUGAUGAAGAGUUGUUCCUUGAGAAAUGUCCUCGUAAAGUUUCCAGACAAGGCUGUAGAAAUGGAGCUGCAAUGGCUGGAUGAAUCUGACGUUGAUUUGAACGUCUCGAACAACGACCUGUAUUUUAAAGUACGUAUAACUAAAUUUAUUCCUAUUUCUCUUCAGCUAUGUUUAAAACUAAUUUACGUUUCCGUUUCUAGUGGAAAAGGGCAGUUCCGAAUUUGCAAGGAACGAUAAUUACGUUCAAUCUCUAUUGCAAGGUGCAGAUCCAAGGUGUCACGGCUGACCAAUCUAACCAAAGAAAAUGCAUGCGAGCAAAGAUUCAUGGAACAUGGUUUGCAGGUAACUGCUACAAAAUGUUUAAUUAUAAACCAGUAACUAUACGUAACGUAACUAUUAUGCUUUACAUCGUCUAGACCAUGUACCAACUGAGCCAACAGAGGUCUCUACAUCAUCUGAGCCGACAGAGACCUCUACACCAACUGAGCCAACAAAGGUCUCUGUACUAACUAGACCAACAGAGGUUUCCACACAAACUGAACCAACAAAGGUCUCUAUACCAUAUGAAACGACAAAGAUUUCUACACCAUCUGAGCCAACAGAGGUCUCUACACCAACUGAAUCAUCAAAGAUUUUUACACCAACUGAGCCAAAAGAGGUCUCUGUACCAACUGAGCCAGAAUACAUUUCUACACCAACAGAGGCAAUAGUGACCUCCAGCCAACCUAAAUCUUCACAGAUAAUAACAAAAUCAACUUCGUCUGUAACAGUAACAACAGCAGAACCGAGUAUGUUUCAAAAAUAAUUUCUUUAUUUUUAUUUUUAUUUCAUUGAAUUGUGUAGACGUCUUUAUAUAUUUUUAAGAUGCAAAUUUUUUUAAAGUCACGUAUUUAAAAUGAAAAGUGUUCAAAACCUAAAAUAUUUUUGACGUUCCUCUCAAAAGUACUUUGUUUUAGCUUUAUUCUCUGGUUUAUAGAGUUAGCUACCUUUUUAAAUGCAUCUGCCGGUUGAGAAACAUAAAAUAAUAGUUAAAAAUUGUCAAUUAAAAUGUAAUGAUCGAUAAUGCUUUAAAAUUGACGCCAUAUUUACAACCAAUAUAAGCAAAACUUACUGAACUUCAGACAUCAUUUUCUCUUUGGCGUAUCAUCUAAAAUCUCUUCAUUUUAGCAUUAUUUUACAGAUAAAGCACUCAACAUACUUUUUAAGUUUGUUUGCCGAUUGAGAAACGUAUCGAAAAAUAAAAAUUUUGAAUUUAGUCAUGACCUCAAGCACAGUGAUAUAUUAUACGCCGUAGUUUUGAGCACGUGUUACGUAACAUACAAAAAAAUCUCCUCUUAAUCGUGCCUUUUUCUCCGCAGUAGAAGAUAGCUAGACGCCAAUAAUGUCGGACUUUUUAUAGGAAUUAUAUAAAUAAUACGCAAUUGUCUACUUCUUUAACAACUUAAUACGGGCUUUUUCCAACGUCAAUUUUUGCGUUAUUCUCCAACCAAGUUCUUCUAGGGAAUAUGGAGCAUUUUAACUUGAAAAUUCAGCCUCAUCCUCGGACACUACUAUAAAUAUGGAGCUUUCAGCACAUGAUGAAAAAUCCUAAAUAAGGGAAACUAUUCCUUGUGCAGGUCUGAGAUUCAAUCAGUUUUCAAAGCAAUCCUUAUAUUUGUACUAAGUCGUAUGACUAUAGCACGAAAUUAAAUGAAAUAACUCUUUGAUGUCCACAUAUCCAUGUACCACAUACAAUGGACAAUUCUUCACAUAUAUAAUAGAAAACUGAACAAUGCAUGGUAAAUUAUUCUUCCUAGGAACAAAUCUCAUCGGUUCAACUCCUGUAGUAACUAAGGCACCAACGACAUCAGUAUUGACCUCAACUGGUACCAUGACAAUGUCGCGUACCACUUCAGCUCGUUCCAGUUCUCCGGGUGAAGGAUCGAGCAGUGAUGGUGUUUUCAGUGGAGCAAUUAUUGCCAUAGCUGUUAUGGUAGCUGCAGUACUGUUGAUAAGCUUGGUUGUCCUUGUCUGGUUGUUGUGUAAACGCAAGAAGAGAAAUGGGUAAGCUUUCUUAAAACAUCAAUCAAUAAUUUUGGUUUAGUAUCAUGCAAUGUGUGACAUAAUAUCGACAAAAUUGAAAUUUCUCCCAUGGAAAUUUAUUACAUUUAAAGUAAUUACAGUUUUGAUGUUUUCCUCAACUAAUGGAUCAAUGAAAAGCUUCGCAUAAUUAUUAAUGACAAUGAUAUCAAUGACGGGAAAAGAUUACACCUCAUGUUCUUUGAUAUUUUUACAACAGCCCAAGAAAUUCAAGUCGUGGAAUUCCCUGCAGAGAAAACGGUAUGUACAAUUAUGUAUAAUGUUUUCAAUACCUCUGCAUGAUCUAACCAUGCUUGACUCAGCUGUGAGUUUUGUACAACAUCAGAUCACUUUAAGUUAGCUUAUAUUCAAGAACAUGUACUACCACUGCUUGAUCUGACCAUUCUUAACUCAGCAGUGAGUUCUGUACAACAACAGAUCACUUUAAGGUAGCCCACAUUCAAGAACAUGUACUACCUCUGUAUGAUCUAACCAUGCUUAACUCAGCAGUGAGUUCUGUACAACAACAGAUCACUUUAAGGUAGCUCACCUUUAAGAGCAUGUAUUGAUGUACCUGUGGCUCUGCAAUCUGCAUGAUUUAAGUAUGCUUACCUCAGCAGUGAGGUUCUGUACAACACCAGAUCACUAUAAGACAGGUCAUAUUGAAGAACAUGUACUACCUCUGCAUGAUCUUAACUAUGCAUAUUUGACGCAACAGUGAGUGCUAUACAACACCAGAUCACAUAAGGAUGAAUGGAUGAUAGCCCACAUUCUUAAACAUAUAUGACCUCUGAAUGGCUUAGCCAUGCUUAACUCAGCAUUGAGUUUUGUACAACAUCAGAUCACUUGAAGGUAGCUCAUUCUCAAGAACAUAUGUACUAUCUCUAGCCAUGCUUACUCAGCAGUGAGUUCUGUACGGCAACAUUGGACAAAAAUAGUUCACUGUGGAACAUGUAACUCAGCCAUCAUGUCAGUAACGCAUGCGUCAGUGAUUGAUGCUUCUCUAACAGUACGUCUUAUUUUGUCAAUUCAGGUUCGACGAGCAUGAAACAGUUCAGAUACACAGAGAGUAAUAGUCGAACACCAGAUGCUUAUGGAGACACCAGAGACACAAACGAAACGUUAGCUGUUUACUCUAACCCUCUUUAUACAACGAUAAAUGUCCAUAGUGAGGUUGUAGAAGGUGACCCCGUUUAUGAAACGCCACAUAGCCAGAACGUUAUGGUGGAAGCUAACGACCCUGAUUAUGCAACGCCAAAAAAUGAUCCUGCUUAUACAACGCCAAAUAGUGAUCCAGCUUAUGCAACGCCAAAUAGUGACCCUGCUUAUGCAACGACAAAUAAUUACUCUGCUUAUGCAACGACAACUAAUGACUCUGCUUAUGCAACGCCAAAUAGUGAUCCAGCUUAUGCAACGCCAAAUAGUGACCAUGAUUAUGCAACGACAAAUAAUAACCCUGCUUAUGCAACGCCAAAUAACCCGUCCGUGGUUAUAGAAGCUAACGAUUCUGCUUAUGCAACGCCAAGCAAUGACCCUGCUUAUGCAACGACAAAUAAUGACCCUGCUUAUGCAAUGCCAAAUAACAACCCUGUUUAUGCAACGCCAGAUAACCAGCGCAUGCUCGUGGAAGCCAACAAUCGUCAGGCUAAUACUUAUACAAGGCCAGAUAGCCAGUGCGUGGUUGUGGAAGAACACCAGAUAGCCAGCGUUUGAUUGAAGAAACUAAUGACCAUGUUUAUACAACGCCAGAUAAUGGUGUGAUUGUAGAACCUAACCACUCACUCAUGACUCAAGCAUGACUCACUCAAAUAUUGAAAACUAAAAAGCAAUGUCAACAGUCGUAUUACAAUACAAUAUGUUAAUCAACUCACGCUCUUUUCUUUUUAAUUUUGUUUAUAAAAUUUGUUGUUGUUUUUAACUGUC